UCUUUAUGCACUCCUCUUUGCUAGAUGGCAGCAGUAUCAUUAUUCUGUGUCAGCCUUUGUUGACAAUCCUGUUUUGAGUUCUGCUAAUGGAAAACUAUCACACUGAUUUGCUUCAGUUUAACCUAAUCUUCCUGUCACACUACAGGUAUUUUCCAUUAUGCAUAGCAUAUCUAUGGUGAUAGGUAAACGAUUUUGAUGAAUUCUGACGCAGUCUUUAAAAUAGUGGGACAGAAGUGUUAUUUUGGAACCAACAAUAGCAUCAGAGAAAUGGCGUCUCUCAGAUGUCUAAGUUUCAGAGCAUUUUCCUCGAGCGGCUUUUGUUGACAUUGGAGGGAGAGGCGGACCCGUCGCCGCCCGAACGAGGAGGGCGUCCCUCAGACAUCGUGAACCCACCCGCCGCUGGAGGAGGAGAAGGCGGAGCCGACACUCUCAGAAAACAAGAUUACAAGAAAACCAGGCCAAUGUUAAAAGCAACCAGAUUAAAAGCAGAGGCCAAGAAAACCGCGCCAGGCAUAAAGGAAGUCAGCCUUGUCCUUGGAGCUAUAUUGGUAUUUUUAUUGGCAUGUUAUGCUUUCUUUUAUCUUAAUCUAUCCGAAGAAGUUGACCUUGAUCUGGAUCAAGAUGAAAACUAGCAGAAGUCUUUUUUGCAAGUUUUUUUUCUAGAAAAGCAUAACCUUGAUCAUGAACAAACUGUCUCUUCAUGGAUGUGGACAUAACUUGAACAAGUUCCUGCAGUUCAUCAACUUAUAAUGCUCAUAUCAUAGCCAACCUUAUGAAUUUUAAUGAAAAAUGCCACAGACCGAAUGUCUUCUGCUAUUCAAACCGUGGUUUAAUGGCUGAUGUUGACCCUUUUCAUAGUUUGCUUCAUAGUUUGAAUGGAAAAUAGUUGAUUCCAGAAAGCAAUUUCCUACAUUUAUUAGCAUUACUGUGUUUGUGGAUAGACUCUGAUUUCCUUGGAGUUGUUUCUGAAUUAAUUUGUUGUUUUCAAUGGAAGGCAACAACAGAAAUUACAAAAAUAAUAAAACCAAAACCAAUUAUGAUAGAACAGAAAUAAGUUACAUGAUUUGUGCUAUCUAUGGGCAUGCUUCCAUUAUUCGCAAUUUUAAGUUGCAUUAAUAGCAAUGGGAAAGAUUGAAGCAUAUUUUAAUUCUCACACUAGUGGGAAUUUAAAUAUGCUUAACUGCGGCUGGAUCAUACCCAGUGUUAGUUAGAGCAGGAGUUGUAUGCCAUGGUUUACUUUGCCUUUGCAAGGAAAAACUGGAUAGAAAUUGGUAGGCUGGGAAGUGAGCACCCCAGCAUAGUCUUCUUCAAAGUAGUGCAACAAGGGUACCCUCUUGCAUCAUUGGACAUGAUGCUUGAAAAACAAAUUUAUGUUCCAUUGAUUUCAGUGAGAGAGUAAAACGUGCAUAAAUCCCAUUCAGAAUGAUGAGAUUGUAAAAACAUGUCCAUUGUUAUUAACUAAAAACAACCCAAUGCCAAGAUCCAGAUUUUAUUAUCAUUGUUUUCAGAUUUUUAAUGUCUAAUGUAUUUGUAUGUCUAUUUUGUACGUCGCCCAGAGUGGCUAGAUAACUAGCCAGAUGGGUGACUGACUGACUGACUGACUGACUGAAUGAAUGAAUAAAUAAAUAAAUAAAUCCAGAGAUCAAAGGAGUUCAUAGGAUGUUGACUAAGAAUAGGACACUGACAGCACAAUCCCAUGAAAAUCGGUUCAGAUGUCAGGCCUAUUGAGGUCAAUGGGACUUUCUCUCAGAUAGGUGCCUAUAGGAUUGCAGACUAGGUAGGUUGGUCCUGUGCAGAGCUUGUAAAAAGUUACUUUUUUGAACUACAACUCCCAUCAGCCCCAGCCAGCAUGGCCACUGGAUUGAGCUGAUGGGAGUUGUAGUUCAAAAAAGUAACUUUUCCAAGCUCUGGUCCUAUGCAGGUGUGCGUAUCAAGCAAGCAGUCUAAAUUUAUGGGGAUUGUUAAAACCAAUUUGCAGAGACCACCUUGAGUUAACAAGUUUCCAUUUGGAAAGAAAGCUGAGAUUUUAACUGAGAAAAUAAGUAAAAGCAAGUUCUGGUAUUGGACUAUAAGUGAUAUAUUUGGAUUUAUUUCCUAACAGCAAAUUAAACUGUGCUCAAAUAUAGCUGUCAGUGAAAGAACCAAGAACCAGACAAGGGAGGUAUAAUCAAAUAUUUUAAGAUUGGAGCUAAUAGAAACAGAAGGGGAAUUACACAACUCUUCUUUUUCCCAAUGGGACAAGGGCAUAUCUAUCUACCAUCAAAGCAUACUCUGGUGUACCUUCCAAUGGAUGUUUAUAUAGAAUAUGGAGAACCUCAGCUCAGUAAAGGUUAUUUGGAGUCAACUCUGAUCAAAAUCUAUUAUCCAAAGCCUCCAAAUUAUCAAGAGGUCCCAGAAGAAAAGAUCCCCAAAUAAACAUGCUUUAAUAAUUUGUAACUGCAGCACAUCUAUACAGAGAAUAAUGAAGCAAACUUCUCUGUUCAGAAAGACCUUUCCAUUUCUUAUUUUUAAAAUUUUAGUGCAAGCUUAUUUUCAGUGUCAUUUUGGCUCCUUUGUGCAUAUAUAUAUCAGCAGUCAUCUUUUUCAUUCAUUGCCAACUGUUCAAGGCACAUGUGUUCUGUCAGAAAUGACACCUGGAUGACAGAAGCUCAAGCGUUCACAUAUGCCUCUGAAGCAAAGUUCCUUGCCUCUUGGGCUAUCUGAAUGAAUGUAAAUAGAAAGUUCAGUCGAUGUUGAUUUUAAUUAGUGCAUUGCUUUAUUAAUAUAAAGUUGAAAUUCUGUUUUAAUUAUACCAUUGCUGCUGACUGCAAUAUCAACAUGGAAGAGACAUGGUUGGUUGUUUUUGUUUUUUUAAAAAAAAAUCUCUUUGGCAUUUAGGCAGUCAUUUUUCAUAAAUUCUAAUAGCAGCCAACCAACCUUUUCAUACAUAUUCCCAGUAAAUUUGGAAUAUCCUAGCUCCUUAACACUUUCUUGCAUGAUGCUAGUCUAAAUGUGCUGGAUAAGAUUUUUUCUAACCUUAGUACCAAGAAAAAAUAUAGACAAUAUACAAAUGCAUCUGGGUAUAUGAUAAGGUCUGCAACUGUUCUUUAUGAUCAAUUUUCUGUGCAGGUCUGAUGGUUGGGAAAUUUAUGAUGAGUUGAAUCCAGCAAGCACUGCUGUUCACAUCUUCCAUUUAUUUUAAUAGGGCUUCAGAAAGAAGCCCUAGUGUUGAUCAGAAUAAGGAAGUAAAUUUAAUAAGUUAAUUGUUUGGCAUGUUUACUGAAGCCUUGAAAUUCCUAUUAACACCUUGACCAUAAUGCUACUUAGUUCAAUCUAUGGACCAAAUCACAAGUGUGUCUUUUGUUGUUGUUUUUGAUUAUGAUGAUGAUGAUGAAAUUCACCUAUUAUAAGGCAUUCAAGUUGAAAGCCUUGACUCAACAAGAAAACAUGCCAAAAAUAGGUAACACAAUGCAGACCAACUCAAACUGAAAAAUUGUUCAUUUUAUAUAUAAGAUUUGUUUAUGACUAAAGAAAUGUUAAUGUGAUUUUUUUUAAAAAAAAUAGUGUUGGAACUGCUUCUUAAGAGAUGUUUGUAGUGAAUUCUGAUUGUAAUUUUGGGAAUAAAAUUGGCAAAAUGAUGAUUAUUUGUUUAAUUUUCCCUCCUAACAGGACAAUGAACAUACUGAGGUCUGGUUCAUACAUCCUACCGAUGUGCUCCACAAUCACAUUGACACCCGGUCUACAUGAUCUCUCCAUUUUGCAGGGCAUGAUCAGGUGUCUGCAUAGUAGAGUGAACUUGUGGCUGAGGCAGUGUUGUCACUAGGACCCCUUUCUCUAUGGUCCUCCCUUCUCCCCUCCAGUGCACCACUGUCCACUCACUUGUUCCGCUUCCUCUGGUCCCAAUCCACAUACCAUCCCAAGAACCCAAAAGAAGUGGACAUUGCUAUUCCAUCUCCUUGCCAUUGCUUGCAUGCUCAGAGAGGGAAGGUUAAUGGACAGGAAAAGCAAAGAGGAAAAGUAGCAGAACCAAGGCCAUGGGAAGUGUCAAGCAGUUCCCACUCCCAGCUUGAGCCCUGGGUGGCAUGGAGGGCUAUGUUUGCUCAUUCUCUUACCACAUACCUCUGACCUGUGGUUGUGUGGACUAGACCUAAGUCAGAAAAAAAAUGUUUAAUCCAUAUCCUUUUAAGUGACUAUUUAGCUUAACCUCAGUGCACUAUGAUAUAUAUAACAUUAUGUGCAGUAUAUAGACAUAAAAUGUUUCAAAGAAGAGGAAAGGAACUUUAUAUGGCAUAAUGCACUUAAUCAAUACCAGCCUCUAUGAAUGUUUACUGAAUUCCAAAUUUCUGAGGAGACAGCCAAAAUGUUACGUGUCAGUGUCUCUCAAACAGAUGUCUCAGCAUUAUUUUGUAGCUUGUUUGGAUGAAUAAACAUGCACAACUGUGAAA